ACUUUAUGAAACCCACACACGUUGACGGUGUGUAAUAUCUAUUUUGUCCUUUGUCAUUAUUUACUUUCAAAUUAAACAUUUUGUAAAAACUUAAAAAUUACAGCAACAUAUUUUUAAUACUCGUCAGACAAUUGGUGACUACUUCCAAUAAAAACGUAUUUCCUCCGCCAUCGCCAAUCUCAUGAAAAAAAAAAUCCAAUCGCUUUGAUGAUGAUGGUUUGUGUCUCAUCGAACCUCUUGAAUCACGACGACGAUUUCCCCCACCUUACUGAUGGCUCCACAUUUGGCCACCACAUCGUCAAGCUUACCUCCACCACUUACGAUCUUCUCACUCUCAAUCCUCCUCCUUCUCCUCCUAUAAUGCCGCCUGAGAACUCAAUCACUGCCGCAUCCUCCAGUCUUCUUUCUCGGAAUCCCAGAAAUCAGCUCUCCAAAAGUACCUUCCUCUACUAAUCGUAUGUUUGCGAACUCCUCCUGGAAGACAAAUCCUCUCGAGAUAUUGACCUAGCAAUUUUAGAGCCUCGUCGUUAAAGGAUAUUCUUGGGCAUCUCCGAUUGGUGCUCGUGAUGAUGGCGAUGGACUUAAUUACGUGUUUCCGGUGUAACGGAAGCUGUAAAAAGUGGUGAAAGGAUGGGUAGCUCUGCCGUGGUUGUGAGAUGUAUGGAAUGUAAGCACCUAAUCCGAACUAAAUUUUGACGGAGACUAUCUCAGGAAAUCACAAUCAAGUCUUUGUAAUCUUCAAUUGCCAGAAAUUAUUUGCAGAAUCCCAACGAACACCAUUGAUGUUCCGCCGCUGUCAUGAGAUGUAAGAACCAAAUAAUUCCCCAUGACCACCGUUGUCCUUCCACGGUUCUCUGUUCACAACUCUCUAUGUAGAUUGGUUCUUUGUCCAUGGUUCUCUUCAAAUAUCUCUAAUUCUUUUUUCAUAUGUUUACAUGGCGGUUCCACAAGCAUUGCAAUACAGAUAUAGGGCCGUUUUUGGAAAAGUUUCAGAAGCAAGAUUCAUCAUUGAUGCAUAGAGUUAAAGGUUUCUUAGUAGACUCAGCUUCUGUUGCUGAUGCAGAUCCUACGCUUCGAUUUAACUUUCAAGGUACUAAUUUGGCUUGUAAAGACAGGUAUGGCCUCCGGGUUUCUCAGCCGCCUUCUUGA